AUGUCUGACGCCCUCUUUGCCCCCAAACGCUCCAACAGCAAGUUGCCGAAGCAAGUAUCGGCGUUCUACUUCAAACCGCUGCUGACCAAGGACGGCAAACCUAUCGGUCUGCAGGCCUACAAGGCCUGCUACAAAACACGCAAGCACAUGUCCAAAACGGGAUACACGAACCUCGUGGCGCAGAGCGGUCUGACCACUUCGGUUUCGAGGCCGAGAUGGAGGCGGCUAGCGCCGUUGCCACGGGCACUUUGCCGCCGUGGGUACGCCAGAAGACGACUAACUGCUACGCAUGGCUGCUCUGGAUCGGGUCGGGAAACCUCCCGUUUUCCUUCAUCGAGAUGGAGACGACGAGACGGUAAAAGGUUGUUUUUUAUUUGUUAUGGUAAUUCUGCCUAA